GUUAUGUUGAUGGAUUUAAAAUUAUUUUAAAUUUUUAAAUAUGUAUCCCAACAUUCCCAGCCAAUACAUUGUAAUUAAUGUUUGUUAGGUGAGUUACGUUGGGUUGAAUUAAAAUAACCAUGUAAUAUUAUUCUAGGCAAUUUCGAAAACCAUAAACUUCAAACAAUUAUGUCCAAAGAACCCAGCACUAGCAAGGAAAAACGUAAGAAUUCGCGUAAAGAUGAAGGUUCUAAAAUACUCAAAGUAUUUACCUUGUAUGAAUACCUCACCAAACUACCAGAAGCUGUUCAGGAUCGUCUUUACACUCAUCCACCUACCUGCUUAACGGUGUUUAGAGUACUGCCUGAUAUCGCGCAACAGUUCACGUUGCGUAUUUUAUUCAUUGAACAGCCAGUACCACAAUCGGUUCUUUCUUCCUGGGUGCCAGUAAAUUAUUCAAGUGAACUAGAUGAGUCCAUUGAGGUAGCCACUAAUUUACACAUAUGGAAAUUAGCUAGUGUCACUGGUGGCCUUAAGGGAUGGAUUUUAAAUUCUACGUUUAAGAAGAAACUAAAAGUAGCGCUUAUGGGUGGUGGUCGUUCUACGGUGUCAAACAGUGAUGCAAUAGCAGACCCAAAAGCAAGGGAUAUAGACUUUUUAGAUGCAUAUGCAUAUGAAAGAUGGGAGUGUAUAUUACAUUAUAUGGUCGGCUCUAAACAUGAAGGUAUAUCAUCGGAUGCAGUCAGAGUUUUACUAAAUGCUGGUCUAAUGGUCAGAGAUACAGAUGAUAGUCCAGUAAUUACAUCGACUGGCUUUCAAUUUCUAUUGCUAGACAUGGCUACUCAAGUAUGGUACUUUAUGCUCCGCUAUAUGGAAACUGUAGAAUCCAGGGGUCUUGAUCUUGCUUCAUGUUUAACAUUUCUCUUUCAAAUACAUCUUGGUACUUUAGGAUGGGAUUAUAUAACUGAUGAAAUGUCUGAAAACUUACAAGCAUUCUUGCAACAUCUUCGAGAAUUUGGAUUAGUAUAUCAAAGAAAACGUAAGGCUGGACGUUUUUACCCUACUCGACUAGUAAUUGAAAUGGGUCAAGGAAAUAGUCGAACUUCAGAACGUAUGAAAAAUAAAGAACGUUAUAUAAUUGUAGAAACCAAUUUUAGAAUUUAUGCCUUGACUGAUUCUGAUCUUAAAGUUGCUCUAGUCGCAUUAUUCACUCAUAUGCUCUACAGAUUUCCAAACAUGGCUGCUGGUAUACUGACUAGAGACUCAGUUCGAACAGCACUACGUAGCGGUAUUACUGCUGCACAAAUAGUGAAAUUUCUUACCGUACAUACUCAUCCACAAAUGCAAGAAGGUGGCAUGCCACAAACUGUAAUUGAUCAAAUUUAUCUGUGGGAGAAUGAAAGAAAUCGACUUAGAUUUACAGAUGGUGUGUUAUAUAGCAAUAUAAAUACACCUAAUGACUAUGAAACAAUAAAAAAUUAUGCUGCUGAAAUUGGAGCAUUGGUAUGGUCCGAUGAGAAAAGAAGAAACAUUGUUGUUAGUACAGAUGGACAUGAUGAUGUAAGAAAGUUUUGGAAAAAACAACCCAAAUCCGAUUUAUUUUAGUAUAAAGAUGUAUGUAUGUAUGUUAUACUAUUUGCUGUGGUAUAUUCAAUUAAAAAUUAUUUUUGUA